UAUAACAUGGCCAGUCAUCGAACCGUUCCAUCUGUCAUGUACGCCGCGAAUUUCACCAGACCAGACUCCGGCUGGAACCCCGAGAUGGAGCACAGCGAUGAGUGCAUCUUCCAGAGGAGGCCGCCCAAUGUGGUGAUCUUUGUGCUCUACGGCCUGGCCGUGCCCACUUUGUCUGCCUUUGGACUGUGCACGAACUUCAUCAACGCGGUGGUCUUCAUGCGACCCAAGAUGACGCCAUCGGCUUUUAGCUAUCUGGCGGCCCUUUCCUGGAUGGACUGCAUCUCGUGUCUGCUCAUCACGCUGACCGCCCUGUCCAGGAGCUAUUUCUACAACAUUCCAGCCUGGAUCGCCUACGACUAUCAGUGGCAAACGCCAUUCUUUGGCAUCAGCACGGGAGCAGCUAAUCUUAUACUGGCCUGUUUGAGCCUGGAUCGAUUCACCUAUCUGUCCAGUUUUAAGCGGAACAAUGGGGCUCCUCGGUUUUGUCGUCGAAAGGUGGCUCGCUGUAUGAUCCUUGUGGCCAUAGGCACCUCCGUAGUGGUCAAUUUGCCGUACUUCUUUGUCUUCUAUGUGAAUGACUCGGGAACUUGUCACGUCACUGACUUCUACUACUCAAAGUUUUAUAAAGUGCAAAACUGGUUCACCUUUGCCUUGCUGGCCCUUUUGCCAGCCAUUUUUCUGUUCAUCGGCAACGGUGCCAUUAUCAUAGCCUUCCGCAAAUGGACGAAGCAGAGCCAACGGUGUCAGGCGACCAACAACAAUGCCAAUACCCUUACCACCGCCAAGAGAUACCAGCACCAAAUGAAGCUGACCAUCAGCAUAGUGAUUGUAAUUACAUUGUACCUGGUUGGUGAACUUCCCGCCCACAUGACUGCCAGGAAGAGCUCCUUAAAUCUAAUAUUCGGCGGUGAUAUCAACAAGGUGGAUGAGUCCUUCAUGGAGCAGCUGGAGGUGAUCUGCAUAACGCUAAAUGCGCUGCAGUUGUCCUUGAACAUAGUGGUCUAUGCCGUGAUCAAUCCUUCGUUUAUGCCGGAGUUUUUCCUGUGCCUCAAGGGAACCUCGGAUGUGUGCUUCGGAUUGUGCUGUUUCCGGGCUCUGCGAAGGAUUUGGAUACGGUGCCGGUCUCGGCGACAGCAAAAGGCUACGGCGGAGGAGCAGGUGGUCAGCAGCGUGAGUCUCCAACAUCCCCCGGUGGAUGAGGCUCUGCCAUGUGGUUGCGAGAGCUGGGCCAGUGAUUCCGGCUGUAAGAAUAAUGCCCAUUGCAAAACGGCAGUGGGUACCUUUACCAUGAAGGAUUCCGAACAGGAAGAAGAGAUCCAUUGCCGUCGCGAGUCGGACGUUUUUUACACCAGAUCUAGCGCCUGCCUGCACUCAAAAGACUCCGCUCCCGACGAGGAUUCCAUAUUUAGUUCUAGCUUUAUUAUCAUAACUUAAGUACACUUAUUCACUACACUUUAGAAUUAAGAGUAAUCAAUUAAAUGAGCAUAGUGCUAUAUCGAUUGAACAGA